AGCCCGCGUCAGUCCCUCUCAGCCCCGCAGGACGCGCUGAUCCCCGGACAGGCUGCAGCUGAACACCCGCUCCGGAUCAGAUGGUGAUGGUGAAGUUUACGCACCACAUGCACGAUUCUUCCCCGCGAUGAAGCUGAAUGAAUGACGCACAGGCUCCGGACGCGCACGGUUUAAAGGAAUCGGAAGAAUUACUGACACACUGCGCGCUUUCUGCACGUUAUUGGGAACAUUUCUUAUUUUUUCUUCUUACUGUGGAUGUGAGCGCAGCAGCAGCGGGAUAACCGGGAUCCAGUGAGGAGAAACAUGUGAAGACCCCCGUGGAGAUUUGACCUGCACGUUAGCCUUCAGAACAAAAAAGGCAAAGCUCCCCUCUCUGCUUCUUCCCAUCGUCCAUUUUCUCUGCUUCCAGUUUCCUCGCGGAGCCGUUAAUCAUGGAGGGCCGGCGGGCUUCACGCAGGACUUUAUCAGCGGACCCUAAAGUUGGAGCGUUAGCCACUCUGAUUGGCUUCUGGCUCUUAGUGGCCCCCGCUUUCUGCACUGGGCAAACAUUCACUACUUUCCACCCUGAGCGUCGGGACUGGCUCUUCAACCACCUGAGGGUCCACCAGACAACAGGUGCGCUUUACAUCGGAGCCGUUAACCGUGUCUACAAGCUCUCGGGCAACCUGACCCUCCUGGUGUCACAUGAUACCGGCCCAGAGGACGACAACAAGGCCUGCUACCCACCCCUGAUCGUCCAGCCCUGCUCCGAGCCCCUGGUCUCCACCAACAACGUCAACAAGCUCCUGCUCAUCGAUUACUCCCAGAACCGGCUGCUGGCGUGCGGCAGCCUCUACCAGGGAGUCUGUAAACUCCUCCGAUUGGACGACCUCUUCAUCUUAGUGGAGCCGUCCCACAAGAAGGAGCACUACCUCUCCAGCGUGAACCAGACGGGCACCAUGUACGGCGUCAUCGUGCCGUCGCAGGGCCAGGACGGCACGCUGUUCAUCGGCACCGCGGUGGACGGGAAGCAGGACUACUUUCCCACCAUCUCCAGUCGGAAGCUGCCCCGGGAUCCAGAGUCUUCGGACAUGCUGGACUACGAGAUGCACACCGACUUUGUGUCCUCGCUUAUCAAGAUCCCGUCGGACACUCUGGCUCUGGUGUCUCACUUCGACAUCUACUACGUGUACGGCUUUGCCAGCGGCGGCUUUGUUUACUUCCUGACGGUGCAGCCGGAGACGCCGGAGAACAGCAUGUCAUCGAGCGGCUCCAACAACGACCUCUUCUACACGUCGCGCAUCGUCCGCCUCUGCAAGGACGAUCGCAAGUUCCACUCCUACGUCUCCUUACCCAUCGGCUGUGUGAAGAACGGCGUGGAAUACCGUUUGCUUCAAGCCGCUAACCUAGGAAAGCCGGGGCGUCUCCUCGCCGCCUCGCUCAACAUCAGCGCCACGGACGACGUGCUCUUCACCGUCUUCUCGAAGGGACAGAAGCAGUUCCACCGGCCGCCAGACGACUCGGCGCUCUGCGUGUUCACCAUCAAAGACAUCAACGCUCGCAUCAAGGAGCGCCUGCAGUCCUGCUACCAGGGCGAGGGAAACCUGGAGCUCAACUGGCUGCUGGGGAAGGACGUGCAGUGCACCAAGGCGCCGGUGCCCAUCGACGACUCGUUCUGCGGUCUGGACAUCAACCAGCCCCUCGGGGGGUCCCAGCUGGUCACCGGUCACACUCUGUACACCGAGACCCGGGACCGCAUGACCUCUGUGACCUCGUACGUCUACAACGGAUACUGCGUGGCCUUCGUGGGAACCAAGAGCGGACGCCUGAAGAAGGUAAGCCCACGUUUUUGUGCAUGUAAAUGGUCUGCAAAGACUAAAAUCAGUCGCUUGGGGCUCUGGUUUCAGACAGAGGGUGAAAAGAGGUGCUGCA